AUGCACAGUUCGUAUACCCAACUCCCGAUACCAUAAUGACAUCAAAGGUUCACGUAAUUUCACAAUUUAUUUUAAAUAACUUUUAUAAAUUGCGAAAAUUCCCAAUUGAUGUAUCAAAACCAUUAAUAGUUGGUAUAAGUGGACUCCAAGGAUGUGGAAAAACAACAAUAGUUGGUCAAAUCGCGAAACAUCUAAAAGCUUCUUACAACAUAUCAGCUGUUUGUUGUUCAAUUGACGAUUUUUAUCUUACUUUCAAUGAUCAAACAAAACUUUCACAGAGAAAUCCUGACAAUAAACUUUUGGAAUACCGAGGAGAGCCCGGUACCCAUGAUAUCUUGCUAGGUGCCAAUACACUGCGAGAUUUGUGUGGGAUCCAAGAAAUUUAUAAUUAUUUUCGUAAUAAAUCUGAACAUGGAGUUAACAUGGAUGAUUUUGGUGAUCUUAAUAAAGUAACAAUUCCUUUCUACAAUAAGUCCUUGAAUCAUGGUCGAGGAGAUCGUGCCGAGAGGGAUAGUUGGAUUCAAGUGAAGCCACCAUUUGAUAUUAUUCUUUUUGAGGGAUGGUUACUUGGGUUUAAACAUUUGAGUAAAGCACAACUUGAACUGGCAUAUAAUAGGGCUCUAGAAACACCAUCAUCAUACACGUUAACGUCCCAUCCUCUUUCCCAUCUUGAAAUGAUAAAUGAAAAUUUGAAAAGAUACGAAGAAGAAUGGUAUCCAUUUCUCGAUUUGUUUAUUCAUAUAGAUGCACAGGACAUUAAUUUUGUGUACCAAUGGAGAUUGGAACAGGAGAGAAAUAGAAUUAGUAGAGGGGAACUUGGAAUGACUGACGAGCAAGUUCAUGAUUUUGUGGAUAGAUAUAUGCCUGCUUAUGAGCUUUACUUGCCUAUAUUACGGAAAGACAAUUUCUUUUGCAAUGUUGUUGAACAGGAUGAAGAGCAUAGACGUGAUGAUGAUGGCGAUGGGUCGAAGAUGGUUAAAUGUUUAAAUCACGAUCAACAUUACGGAAGGCAUUUAAGACUUGUGCUAGAUAUUCAUAGGGAUUUACUGGAUGAGGUCGUAAUGUGA